AUGAUUCACUUUACCCCUCUUCCAACGACAUCAUCUUCUGUUCUCGCGUUACCAACCUGCCACCACCCUCUCUCACAAGAAUCCUCACGCAGCCCCUCCCACGGAACAUCCGGACUAAUGCCGCGAUAUCUGCAGGUCAAACGCACUGUUAAGCUCAUCACAGAGCAAAAUCCGACGGAAAAGACUUCUGAAUUUGAAGGCUUGCCUGUCCGCCGAUGGUCGAUUGAGGUUUAUCUUCUGAAUGAACAUGGGGAAGAGGUCCCCGCGACGCUGUUCAAUGAAGUGACAUAUAAUCUCCAUCCUAGUUUUGGCGAUCGCGCUGUUCAAACUUUCAAGUCUCCGCCAUUCAGAAUUGAAGAGGAAGGAUGGGGAGAGUUCGAUAUGCAAAUUAAGUUUGGUGCACCAGAUAAAGAGCACGUCGUCAACCAUGAUUUGAACUUCCAGCAGAAUAGAUACGAGUCGAAGCACGUUCUUACUUUUAGAAACCCUAAGCCGGCCGUCCUGUCUGCACUUCGGGAGUUUGGGCCCGUCCCAGGUGAUGAAAAUGGCCUCAAGUCGAAGCGUGCGCAGGACGACAGUUCAAAGAAGAAGAAGCGCGUUGAUAAAAAUAUCGAUAUGGAGAGACUCGCCGACGGCUUGCAAAAACUUGGGGAGGAUGAUCUCCUACAGGUUGUCCAGAUGGUCCACGAUAAUAAAUCGCCUGAUUCUUACACCAAGAAUGAUAUUGAACAGGGCGAAUUCCACGUUGAUCUCUAUACCCUGCCUGACAGCCUUAUCAAGAUGCUCUGGGACUUCUCCCAAGAAAAGGGAGUUGUGUGA